ACACGACUGGGCGGGAGUCCCCCUGACCUGCUGCGUGGUCUGUAACAAUUGACAAACCGCGGCAUGGCUAAGGCGUUUUUUAACAACGAGCACACUCUGGGGAUCGGCCGGUGAGGUAUUUGGAGUCUAGGCGUGGGGAGGCCGGGACGAGGAAUAGAAAAGGGGGGCUUGGUCGCCAGUUCUAGGACCCGGUUCCUUGCUUGCUCCGUCCUCGUCACAUCUUAUCCCGCUCCUUCUUUGUUGCCGAACUUCAAACUCUGAGUCGACUUUGCUGCUUUCCUGCACCUGCACUUGUGAUACCCAUUGAUACCCCUCGCAGUCGAAAGACAAGUUUGCCAUCAUGUCUAAUCAGAAGUUCGAGACGCUCCAGCUCCAUGCGGGACAGGAGCCGGACCCGGCCACCAACUCCCGGGCUGUCCCCAUCUACGCGACCACCAGCUUCGUCUUCAAUGACUCGGCCCACGGCGCCCGCCUGUUCGGGCUCAAGGAGUUUGGCAACAUUUACUCCCGCAUUAUGAACCCGACGGUCGAUGUCUUUGAGAAGAGAAUCGCGGCUCUCGAGGGCGGCGUCGCUGCGGUGGCUGCCUCCUCCGGCCAGGCCGCGCAGUUCAUGGCCAUCGCGGCGCUUGCCCACCAUGGCGACAACAUCGUCUCGACAUCCAACCUCUACGGCGGCACGUACAACCAGUUCAAGGUGCUCUUCGCGCGCUUCGGCAUCACGACCAAGUUCGUCAACGGCGACAGCCCCGAGGACAUUGCGGCCGCCAUCGACGACAAGACUAAGGCUGUCUACAUCGAGAGCAUUGGUAACCCGCGCUACAACGUGCCCGAGUUCGAGGCUAUCGCCAAGGUCGCCCAUGAUGCGGGUGUCCCGGUUGUGGUCGACAACACCUUCGGUGCCGGCGGCUACUUUGUGCGCCCGAUCGACCACGGCGCCGACAUCGUUGUGCACUCAGCGACCAAGUGGAUCGGCGGGCACGGCACGACCGUUGCGGGUGUCGUGGUGGACAGCGGCAAGUUCGACUGGGGCAAGAACGCCAAGCGGUUCCCCCAGAUGGUCGAGCCGUCGGAGGGCUACCACGGGCUCAAGUUCUGGGAGACGUUCGGGGCCAUCACCUUCGCCAUCCGCGUGCGCGUCGAGAUCCUGCGCGACCUCGGGCCCUGCCUCAACCCCUUCGGCGCCCAGCAGCUGCUGAUCGGCCUCGAGACGCUGUCGCUGCGCGCCGAGCGGCACGCCCAGAACGCGCUCACGCUGGCGCGCUACCUCGAGAAGAGCGAGUACGUCUCGUGGGUGUCGUACCCCGGCCUCGAGAGCCACCAGUCGCACGAGACGGCCAAGAAGUACCUCAAGCGCGGCUUCGGCGGCGUGCUGAGCUUCGGUGUCAAGGGCGGCGGCGCGGCCGGCAGCCAGAUUGUCGACGGCUUCAAGCUGGUCUCCAACCUGGCCAACGUCGGCGACUCCAAGACCCUUGCGAUCCACCCGUGGACCACCACCCACGAGCAGCUCAGCGAUGAGGAGAAGGUUACCUCGGGUGUGACUGAGGACCUCAUCCGCAUCUCGGUCGGCACGGAGCACAUCGACGACAUCAUUGCCGACUUUGACCAGGCGUUCAAGGCCGCUGCGGGUGCAACAACGAAGGAUGGCGACAAGUCGCUGCCCGAGAGGAAGGCUGAGGAGGCUCCGGUUGUGGUUUAAUUUGUAUCUGAUGUAGCGUGAUUUUUUAAUGAAUAUUUGAAUGAUUCCAUUUCGUAAUCCGUGAAAUUGCUGCCACUGGCCGAUGUUAUUUCACAAAAAGUCCAUGUGUCGCUGUUUGGGGUUCCAUUUUUGGAAGAGUUGGACCCGCCAUUUUUGGAACCCCAGAGCACCCCCGACAAGUACCUACCAUAGCGCGCCGGGGGGGGGUUGCAAAAUGAUCACUGUGACUGUCAUGGGGCUCCAAAAUGAUCCGGACCUAUGAC